UGUCAGUGAAGUAUUGUGUUUGGUUGGAAAAAAUGUUAAAAACAUAAGUUUUAUUUUGUAUAAGUACCGUAUUUAAUAAAAUGGCGUCUGAAAAUAAUAUCACAAAACCUGGUACAGCUGCCUUAGAAAACAUAGCUUUAUUACAAAAAGAAAGUUCUGUUUUCAAAGUUCCAAAAGUACCUAAGAAGAAAGUUGUAAAAAAAACUGAAGUUUUAGACGAAGAGAAGUAUGUGGAGGGUAUUGCUAAAAUAAUUCAGAGAGAUUUUUUCCCGGAUUUGGAGAAGCUAAAAGCUCAGAAUGAUUAUUUGGAAGCAACUGAGAAUAAGGAUUACGCAAGACUACAAGAGUUGACAAGGAAAUACAGCGGCAGUAGACCACCUACUGAACCAUAUAAUUCUCCAGCGACAUUUGACACUCCCGGUGUGGACAGACCUUUAUCACCAUCAACUCCUAUACAACUGAAAGAUCCACAGCCAGAACAGCAAAAGGAAAAGUGUAAAGAUAUCACUGAAAAUCAUAGUUUAGAUUCUUUUUUAGCGAAACAUACUAGUGAAGAUAACGCUAGUUACGAUCGCGUUAUAGCGUUAGAAGAUAAAAAACGCGCUACGAAGUUAGCGUCACAGUUUGAAGCGGAGGUGAAGUCGGCCAUAUUGGCUGACGCAGUACUGGCGCUGCCAUCUAUUGAACAACAAGCGGAUCAGAUGGAAAGACCUCAUGAGUUAGAUACAUGGAAGUAUAAAGCGAAGAACUACAUAAUGUACGUGCCGUCGGGGGCGGAGUCCCAGAGGCCGCCGCCGAAGCCCGAGCUGCAACACGUCAACACGAGGCUUAGAGCUCCGCCCUUCGACCAUAUUAAGAAUAAAGAAGCAAUCACUGCUAUUGCUAAAACUCAGGACGCGAGUAUAUCAGGUAAGAUAGGUGUGGACGGCGUGAGUCUGUCUGCGGAGAAGUCGUGCGAGUUCGGGUACGUGGGCACGCCCUCGCCGCGGCCCGGCGCCGCCCCCGACUGCUCGCCCCUCAUGACCUGGGGGGAGAUUGAAGGCACGCCCUUCCGACUCGAUGGAGGGGACACGCCCUUACCGGCUGUGGGCGCGGGCGCGGCGUACCGCAUGCUGGAGGGCGGGGCGCGCGAGCGGCUAGCGCUGGAGCGCGCCGCGCGCCGUCGCAGGCCUACCACGCCGCGACUCACACCGCACACACCGAGUUUCCGGACGAACACAGAACGCUUAGCUAGUAUGUCACCGGCGGCUAGAAAACUCGCAGCUAAACAUCUUUUAUCACCUAGAUUGAAAUUAACGCCUAAUGAUAUGGGCAUAUUAGCACAUAGUACUACGCCAAAGAGAACUCCCACACCGAACAGGACGCCACUGGUAACACCGAACGCAAAGAAACUAGCAACACCGGCAACUGACAGCGACAGUGUUGCCAGAAAUGAUACGCUCACAGAUAAUUUGCUACAAAUAAAUGUAGCUAAACGAAUAAGAUUAAAAGCCCAAGACUUUUUUAAUACAAGCUGAUUUGUAUUUUAAAUAAAUUUUAAUACUA